GCGCACCCCAAACAACAAAGCAACAACAAAACAAAGCCAAGCCACAGCAGAGUGCGAAAGAUGGCGGACUGGAUUCGCCUGCAGCGCAAGAUCUUCACGCGCUGGGUGAAUCAGCGGCUGCAGAAGCGCCACUUGCCGCCCCUGAACGAUGUGGUGGAGGAUCUGGGAAAGGGAAAGAACUUGGUGCAGCUCGUCGAAAGCCUCGCGGAGCGCACAUGCUCGGCAAAGCUUCACGACAAUCCGCGCUUCAAGGCACAGGAGAUUGAAAACCUCAACCAUGCGCUCGCGUUUGUGUACGAGUGUGGUGUCAGCAUGACGCUCAAGCCAUCGCCAGAGAAUCUGCUCGAAGGCGACGAGCGUGCCGUCCUCGGCCUUGUUUGGGCUCUCAUGAUGAAGUACCUCAAGUUUGCCCAGGAGGACGAUGAGACGCUGUCACCAAAGGAUGCGCUGCUGCGCUGGGUCAACCUCAACACGCAGGGGCACGCCCACGCGCAGGCCACCAACUUCACCACGUCCUUCCGAGACGGUAUGGUGCUGUGUGCCCUCAUCCACAAGUUCCGGCCAGACCUCAUUGACUACGACUCCCUGACACCGGAGGACCCGCUUGCCAACCUCGCCACCGCAAUGAAGGCGGCGCAGGAGUACUUUGGCCUGGAGCAGUACGUCGAGCCAAGCGAUAUUGCCAAGUUGGAUGAAAAGUCAAUGCUCGUGUAUGUCAGCGAGUACUAUGCUGGCAUCACGGAGCAGCUCAAGCUUGAUCUUGCCUUCCGUCGCAUCUCCCAACUCAUCGAGUUCACCAUCGUCAACGACAAGAUGAAGGCCCAGUACGAGCACGACGCAGCCGAUCUGCGGACCCGCAUCCAGCAGGCGGAGGCAAUGUUGACGAGUCUGCCCGAGAAAAAGGACAACACGAUGGCGGGCGCCCGCAGGCUCCUGGAAACAUUCGAUGCGUAUCGCUCCAAUGAGAAGCGCGCCAUGUUCAGCGAGCAUAUCAAGCUUGAGGCCCUCUUCACCAACUUGGCCACCCGGCUUGCAGACAACAAGCGGCCACCGUUCACGCCAUCCGAUGCCAGUUUGUGUAUCGAUGCGCGCGCGAAGCAGCUUGCCUCGCUGCAGGACACGGAGCAGCGCGUUGGCUUGGAACUGCACAAUGAAGUCAGCAGACAGCUCCGGCUUCAGCAACAGCACGAACUGCACAAGAACAGGUGUGACAAGAUCAAGCAGUGGGUGGUGGAACACAACGCCGAUUUGCCGGACAUCAACUCCGUGCAGUCCUCUGGCCAGGCCAGCAACUUGCUCAAGUUUCUCGAGGCUUCCGAGAAGGAGAUUGGCGUGCUACGUGAGAGUUCGCUCGCUGCCGUGCAAGCCAUCAGCGCAAAGCUCGAGGAGGAAGGCUUUGAAUUUGUUUCGGAGGCGCGUGCACGUGAAGAGGCACUCGACCAGCAGCUCACGGACUUCAAGGCGUCGCUGAUUGACCGCCGACCUGCGUUUGAGGACGCGUACAAGCGCGAAUGCUUCAAGGAGGAGGUCCAGCGCUCCAUCAGCGUGCACUCUGACAUGUGCGAGCAGCUCACACGCUGGGGCGACAGAAAGCGCGAAUACCUCAACACUAAGGAGGCUAUCAACUCGCUUGAGGAUGCAGAGCGCCAGGUGAGCAUUCUGGAGGCGUUUGAUGCUGAGCGGGAAGACACCAUUGCCACAACCGUGGCCGAACUCAAGCGCUUGGGCACAUCCGUCCGCGCUGCAGCAUACUCCUCGCAAUUCAGCCAAUGGAAGUUGGAAGAUCCUGGUUCGCUGGAGACGAAGGAGCGCAGCAUUGACCAGAUGAUUGCGGGGCUGGGCGAGCUCGCCAACCACAAGCGCGACCUGCUGGCAGAUGACGUGCAACGCGAGCAGUAUGCACAGGCAACCCGCCUGAUGGCCAACCAGCACGACAGCAAGGCGGCGCUGCUUCGCACGUGGGUUGCAGAGAAGAAGGCGUACUUGCAGCAACGCGAGUCGUGCGACUCUGUGGAGCAGGCCCAGUUUCUCCUGGGCGUGCUCGCAGCGUACAGACAGGAGAAAGAGAACGUCACCACCACCGCCCUCGCCUCCCUGCAGCAGCUGGGCAAGGACAUCCUUGCGCGCGAGUACAAGACAGCCCACAGCUCGUACGCGUACGAGUCACCAGCAGAGGUGACACAGCGUGAGGCGGACUUGCACGCGGCGUGGAAGGAACUGGAUGCGCUUGCAGAACAGCGUCAGCCGUUCCUGGAUGACCACCUAGCCCGCAACCAGUUCCAGAACAAGGUCAGGCUCUGGGUCAAGACGCACGCAGACGCCUUCAAACUGCUGAGCGAGUGGCACGCGAGCAAGCGCGCAUACCUGCAGACACGCGAGACGAUUGAGUCUGUGGACGAGGCGCAGUUGCAGCUGGGCAUCCUGUCGGCGUUCCGGCAGGAGAAGAAGGACACGACGGAGGGCAGCGUGGCCGCGCUCAAGCAGCUGGGACAGCAGAUCCGCGACGCAGAGUACAAGACGCAGCUGUCGCAGUGGAAGUACGAGGCACCAGGGGAGGUGCAGGAACUGGAGCAGCAGGUGGAGGGCACGCUGUGGCCGGAGCUAGACGCGAUUGCCAAGGAAAAGCAGCGCGUGCUUGAGGACGACCUUGCCCGGGAGCAGUUCAAGGAGGCGACGCGGCUGCAGGUGCAGAACCACGUGUCUGGGUAUGAGCUGCUUGAGGCGUGGUGCAAGGAGAAGGUGCAAUACCUGGAGACGAAGGAGAAGGUGACCAACUCCGAGGAAGCAAAGGUCCAGCUCAGCCUGCUAAAUGCCUUUGAGCAGAAGAAAGAGGGUAUGUACACCACCAGCGUCAAGUCCCUGCGGACGCUGGGGAGAGCGAUUCGGGAGGCGAAGUAUGCGAGCGAGCUGUCGACGUGGGUGUAUGAGCGGCCGGAUGACGUGAGCGGACGAGAGGCGCGCGUUGAGGAGCGAUGGGCGGAGAUGGCUGAGAAGAGCGCGAAGAAGCGUGAGGUGCUUGAGGACGACAAAGCACGCGAGCUGUACGCAGAGGAGACCCGUCUGCUCGCAGGCCGUCAUGAGAGCGAGACCAAGCGCAUCCUUGAGUGGGCAGCAACCAAGGCGCACUACCUGGCGCAGCGCGAGGAGUGCACCACCAUCUCCCACGCCGAAUACUUGCUGAGCGUGUACGACGCGUACGUCAGUGCCAAGAACUCCAAGACGCAGACGUCGCUCGCGUCGCUGAAAACGCUCGGCCAGACCAUCGCUGCGCGCAAGUACGCAACGCCGCUGAGCAAGUACACGUACGAGGACAUGCCUGCGGUGGAGGCGAGGGAGACGUCCGUUGACAACAAGUGGGUGGAGUUGGAUGCGCUGGCUGCACGCAAGAAGCCCAUUCUCGACGAUCACCUCGCCCGCACCAAGUACCAGAAGAAGGUGCGCAUGUGGGCAGACACGCACGCCAACAGCCAUGCCGCGCUCAUGAGCUGGGCUGCCGAGAAGCAGCGCUAUCUGGAGACGCGCGAGGAGAUCCACUCUGUGCCGGAGUCCAAGCUGCAGCUCAGCCUGCUGCAAGCCUGCAGGCAAGACAUGGCCGAUAGGCAGAGUGGCGCCAUUGCGAACCUGCAGGCACUCGGCGCAGACAUCUGCGCUGCCAAGUAUGCCACAGACCACUCCGAGUGGACGUACGAGAAGCCUGCGGACGUGAAUGCACGGGAGCAGGAGGUGGUCAGCAAGUGGGAGCAGCUGAACGUUCUGGCUGAGGAGAAGCAGAAGGUGCUUGAAGAUCACCUCGCUCGUGAGGAGUACGCCGAGCAAACGCGCCUGCUCGCCGGGCAGCACCACAACCGCGUGCUGCAGCUGGAGGCGUGGUACAAGCCGCGCCAACAAUUCCUUGACGUGCACUGCAGGGAGACCGUGCACACGGUGGACGAUGCCCUGUACCGCCUUGGCGAGUACGAGGCGUACGUGAAGGAGAAGGCGGCGCUGACAGAGGCCAGCGUGGCGUCCCUCAAGCAGCUGGGCAAGGACAUCCGUGAGCGCAAGUACGAGACAGCACACAGCUCGUACGUGUACGAGGACCCGGCCACACUGCUCGCUGAGGAGAAGCGCGUGGACGAGAUGUGGGCGGCGCUUGACGCUGCGGCCGUGAAGGCAAAGGCUGUGCUGGACGACAACCUCGCCCGCAACCAGUUCCAGAACAAGGUCAGGCUCUGGGUCAAGACGCACGCAGACAUGCACACGGAGAUUGCAGAGUGGUACCUGAACCGCAAGAAGUACUUGGAGAACACGGAAGUGAUCAGCAGCAUCCAAAGUGCAGAGCUGCAACUGUCUGUGCUGUCGGCGUUCCGGCAGGAGAAGAAGGACACGACGGAGGGCAGCGUGGCCGCGCUCAAGCAGCUGGGACAGCAGAUCCGCGACGCAGAGUACAAGACGCAGCUGUCGCAGUGGAAGUACGAGGCACCAGGGGAGGUGCAGGAACUGGAGCAGCAGGUGGAGGGCACGCUGUGGCCGGAGCUAGACGCGAUUGCCAAGGAAAAGCAGCGCGUGCUUGAGGACGACCUUGCCCGGGAGCAGUUCAAGGAGGCGACGCGGCUGCAGGUGCAGAACCACGUGUCUGGGUAUGAGCUGCUUGAGGCGUGGUGCAAGGAGAAGGUGCAAUACCUGGAGACGAAGGAGAAGGUGACCAACUCCGAGGAAGCAAAGGUCCAGCUCAGCCUGCUGGACAUGUUUGAUCGCGAGUGCGCUGACAUGGCUGCCGCAGACGUUGCUGCGCUGCGGACGCUGGGGAGAGCGAUUCGGGAGGCGAAGUAUGCGAGCGAGCUGUCGACGUGGGUGUAUGAGCGGCCGGAUGACGUGAGCGGACGAGAGGCGCGCGUUGAGGAGCGAUGGGCGGAGAUGGCUGAGAAGAGCGCGAAGAAGCGUGAGGUGCUUGAGGACGACAAAGCACGCGAGCUGUACGCAGAGGAGACCCGUCUGCUCGCGCUCCAGCACGCAGACCAGACGGCCCUGCUCGAGACGUGGGUGGCCACCAAGGCGCGAUACCUGCAGCAGCGGGAAGAGAUUGCGCUGUCGCACGAUGCUCGCUUCCACCUCAGCCUGGCGGACGCGUUUGUGUCUGAUCGGGCGGCAAUGAAGGCGACCAGCAUGGCCUCGCUGCACGCCCUGCGUGACACCAUCUUUGCGCGCAAGUACGAGACGGCGCUGUCUCGCUACGCGUUUGAGUCGCCCGAGGAGGUGACGGCACGCGAGCAGCAACUUGACACAGCGUGGGAGCAGCUUGAUGGCUUGCUUGCUGACAAGAAGGCCUUCCUUGAGGACCGCCUCGCGUGCACUCUGUACAAGGAGGACACGGAACUGUCAGCCAACAUCCACCGCGACAUGCAUGACAAGAUUGCGCAGUGGUGUGCGGAGAAGCUGAAGGUGUUGAAGCAGCAGCCGACGGUCAGCACCGUGCAGGAGAGCCACCUGCAACUGAGUCUGCUGGAUGGGUUCCUCGGCGAGCAGAGGGACAAGGAGCAGGGUGCUGUUGCCCUCUUCAAAGAGCGCGGCGCUGCUAUCCGCCGCGCCCAGUACAAGACAGCCAUCUCAGCGUGGGUGUUUGGCGAGCCGGAGAAAACGUCCGAGCUUGAAACGCACGUGGACACACUUUGGCAGGAUCUGGCGGCCGCCGAGAAGGACAAGCGCGCCUACCUGCAGGACUGCCUUGCACGCACGCAGUACUGCGCAAAGGUUGCGCGCGUGGUGGAUCAGCACAUCAGCUUGCACACGCGGCUGAUGGGGUGGAUUGGCACGAAGCAGCAGGCGCUCCAGACACAGCCGCCCGUGGACAGCCUGGCCGACGCUGCCGUGAAGCUUCGCCUGCUUGAGGCCCUCGGCAACGACCUGACAAACACGCGCCAGACCACGCUGGCGUCCCUGCAAGCCCUUGGCAAGUCAGCGUGCGACUCCAAGUACGAGAGCGAGCUGUCGCAGUGGACGUUCCCUGACACACAGCAAGUACACGCACGCGAGCAAGAGGUUGACGCUGGCCUGACAACGCUCGCCGAUGCGAUUGAGGCCAAGAAAACCAAACUGACCGCUGACCAGGCGACGGAGCAGACGAAGGAGGAUCUGCGACAGGAGUUUGCGCACGCCGCACACGCCAUGCGCGGCUUUGUCAAAGACAACAUCAUCUUCGUGCGGGGAUCGCUGGAUCAAGAGACGACAAAGGCAACGACCUUUGCGUUCUCUUUGGACGAAACAGAGAACAUGCGAUCAGAGCUUGAAGCAGACGCCAAGAGCCUCACGCAGCAGGCGGAGCAGCACAAGGCGACUUGCAUGCAAGUGUACUCGAAACUGUCGGGUUAUGGCCCUGUGAGCAACCCAUACACCUCCCUGGAUGAGGCUGGCCUGAACGGCCUUCAAUCCGACCUCAAGGCGGCACUCAAGUUCCGGGACGAGCAGUACGAGAAGGCCCUUGCACUGCAGAAGGCGAACGAUGAGCUGUGCAGGGAGUUUGCGGCCAAGGUCAACCCGCUCAUGACCUCCCUUCGUCAGAGCAUCGACGCCAUGGCCAAGCCCCAGGGAACCCUGACAGAGCAAUUGGAAAAGAUUGACUCUGAGCUCGCCAACAUGACGCAAGAACGCGAAAAGCUGGUCGAGAUUGAGGCGCUCUCGCACAGGAUGAAGGAACUGGGCAUCGAAUACAACCCGCACAGCUCUGUGACACUGCAAGACCUGACGAGCCAGUUUGACGACUACCAUAAGCUCCUCACGUACAAGAAACCGCUUCUGGAGCGCGAGAUUGAAUUCAAAAAGUCCCGCGGCGUCUCCAAGGCGCAGCUUGAGGAGAUUGAGAGCUUCUUCAAGAAGUUUGACCGGGACGGGUCUGGAUCCAUCGAGAAGAAGGAGCUCAAGGCGUGUCUGUUCUCGCUUGGUGAAGAGUUGACGUCGGCCGAGGUGGAGAACCACAUGCGCACGUUCGGGUCUGGCGGUCGCCUCAACUUGCAGCAGUUCAAGGAACUCAUGAUCCACCUCAUUGGCGUCAUCCAUACGCGCGAGCACAUUCUCGGCUCCUUCUCCUUCAUUGCGCGGGACGAGGAGCGUGUUGGUCUGGACAAGUUGCAGCGGCUCAAGCAAGAGCACCUUGACUUUGUGAAGGAGACUGUGCCCUCUGCAGCCAAGGACAACUCCCUGGAUUACCAGCAGUUUACAGACAUUGUCUUUUCGCGCUGAGUAUGUGCAUGCGUGAACUUUGUGCAUGUGUGUGAACGUGUGUGCGCGCGCGUGAGAAAGAAAAUGUGUGUGUGUGAACGUGUGUUCAUUGUGCACGCGUGCAUUGUGCAUGUGUGUGUGCGUGAGAGAGAGAGAGAGUGUGUGUGUGUGUGUGUGAUUGCCCCUGCGCAGUGUUGUUGCUUUCUUGUGCUUGUGCCUUGCCCCACGCUUGCCUGUCCAUUCGUUCUUGUUCGUCCAUGCAUGCUGUCAGUUUCAACGACCUCCUAGCUUGCUGUUGGUGCUCCAUGUGUGUGCUUUGUUUUGUUUUGUGCUCCUCAUUCGUACUUGCUUCAUUCAAUCAGUGUCAGCCAAUUGCAUAAAACUCGUUCA